AUGGCAGAAGUACUUGUUAACGUUCUCCUUGAGCGUUUGGCUACGAUCACCCUUGACAAGGUCGGAGGAGAGUUCAAACUGGUCACUGGUGUUGAGAAAGAAGUCAAGAGCCUCACCCGCAAUCUCGAAGCUAUUCAAGCUGUGCUCGAGGAUGCAGAGCAGAGGCAAGUGACGGAGCCAACUGUGAGACGUUGGCUGAGUGAACUGACUGAAGUUUCCUUCGACAUGGAUGACGUGUUGGAUGAGUGGAUAACUGAAGUUCUGAAGCAACAAAUGGAGAAACAAGAAAAACAAGUUGAAGAUGCUCUUAUUGUUACUACUAAGAAGAAGGUAUGCUUCCCCUUCCUUUCCUCUUGCUUUUGUUUCGGCCAAGUCAAUCAGUUAAUGCUUCGUCAUGAUAUUGCUGUGAGGAUAAAAGACCUAAAUGAAAGAUUAGCUUCAAUUGAUGAAAGAAAACAAAGUUUUGGCUUUCAAAACAUCACAAGGGUCUCCGAAUUACCUGAACGACAAAAAACUACUUCUCUUCCUAAUGUUAAAACAUUCGGUCGAGAUAAGGAAAAAAGCCUCAUAGCCAGCAAGCUGCUGAGUGAGAGUAGUGAGGGAAAUGAGGUUCCUCUUAUCAUCCCUAUUGUAGGGAUGGGGGGAAUGGGGAAAACAACUCUUGCUCAACUUGUUUAUAAUGAUGAAGAGGUCAAAUCUCAUUUUGACAAGAGAAUAUGGGUCUGUGUCUCAGACCCUUUUGAAGAGAUCAAGAUUGCUCAAGCUAUCAUUGAAGAAAUAGAUACAGAUAAUAGUUCAAAAAGCUCAAAUGUGUUGCAAACCCUGACGCAAUGUAUAUAUAAAUUGAUUGAGGGUAAAAAGUUUCUCCUGGUUUUAGAUGAUGUUUGGAGCCCAAACUCUGAUCAAUGGGAAGAAUUGAUCAAACCUUUACGUUAUGGUGCUACUGGUAGUAGAGUAUUGGUGACCACUAGAAAGGAGGAGGUUGCUACUUUAAUGAAAGCAACAACGACUCAAAUGAUCUCUUUGAAGGCAUUGAGUGAUGCAUUUUGUUUGUCAUUGUUCUAUUACAGUGCAAACAUGGACGAGAAUAAUGUGUCUAAAGAGUUUAAAGAUAUUGGAUUGAAGAUUGUGAAAAGGUGCAAUGGGUUGCCUCUUGCUGCAAAGACAUUAGGAAGCCUCAUGCGCAAUAAGAAAAAGAUUCAUGAAUGGCAAGCUGUUUUGAACAGUAAGACAUGGGAAUUGAAAGAAAUUCAACAAGAUGUUUUUCGACCACUACUACUAAGUUAUCAUGAUUUGACUCCAGCAAUCAAACGUUGUCUUUUGUAUUGUGUUACAUUUCCAAAAGAUUAUGUGUACAAUAUGAAUUGUUUGAUUGAGUUGUGGAUGUCGCAGGAUUAUUUGAAUGCCAAAGAAAGUAAAGAAAAGAUAGUAGUUGGUCAAAAUUAUUUUGAUGACUUAGCAAUGCGGUCAUUCUUUCAAGAUAUUGAGGUAGAUGAUGAGGAUGAGUAUGGAAACAUAAGGUGCAAAAUUCAUGAUAUUGUACAUGACUUUCUACAAUAUUUGACCAAGGAUGAAUGUUUGAUUUUGGAUUUUGAGUUGGAUGCUAGUGAGAGAAGGGAUGUGUCAAAGGAUAACAUUCGACAUUUGACUUUAGUGCACGCAAUAGAGAAUGAGUCAUUGGCACAUUUUCUCCUCAAUUGUAAAAAAUUACGUACCUUGAUGGCUAUAGAUUCAUUCAAAUAUUCCAUUGGCCCAAUAUUUGAGUUGACAGUACAAUUGAAAUGCCUUAGAACAUUAAGCUUGUGUGGUGGGUGGGGGGAGAGUUGUCUCAGAGAAAUUCCCGAGACGAUAGGUGGAUUGAUACAUUUGAGGUAUCUUGAUUUAUCCGGUAAUGAAUACUUGAAAGAAUUACCCAGCGCCCUGGGCAGCUUAUACAACCUGCAAACCUUGCGACUUGUUUAUUGCUCUAGUCUCAAAGAAAUUCCCGAGACGAUCGGUGGAUUAAUACAUUUGAGGUAUCUUGAUUUAUCCUUUAACACCGAGUUGAAAGAAUUACCCAGCGCCCUGAGCAGCUUAUCCAACCUGCAAACCUUGCGACUUGUUGGUUGCGAGAUUCUCGAAAAAGUAGAUGUGCGAAGGCUGAUUAACUUGAGGCAUCUUUAUGUUGAAGGCUGUGAGAAGCUAGAGUUAAUUAAAGGGAUUGAGAAAUUAACAGAUCUGCAAAGGCUAGAUGUGUUUCUUGUCCCAUUUAUUGGUGGUGAUGAAGGAAACAAGUUGGAAGAUCUGAAAGACUUGAACCAGCUUCAAGGGAGUCUUGAUAUUUAUAUUCGAGGAAAUCCAAAUAUGGCGGAGAAUGCAGCAGCAAUUAUGGUGAACAAGGCUCACCUCCUGCAAUUGAGGCUAUCUUUCCCUUUGGAUUCUGAUGAAGGAGAGAGUAGAGAAAUUAUGAAUGGCUUAGAGCCGCAUCCAAGUUUGGAAUCUUUAUCCAUCGUUGGGUAUAGAGGCGGCGCCUUCUCCCAUUGGUUGUCGUCUUUAAACAGCUUGAGAGUGCUCACCCUUCGUUGUUGCGGCAAAUGUGGGGUUUUGCCUCCUUUAGGGAAACUGGCGUCCCUUGAAUCAUUGGAUAUUUCGAGUGUCUGGGAACUUAAAAAGGUAGGAGUUGAGUUUUUGGGAAUAGAUGAUGGGCAAACCUCGUCGUCUUCCAUUUUCAUAUCAUUCCCCAAGCUCAAACAACUCACCAUCGAAGACAUGGAGUCAUGGGAAGAGUGGGAAGGAGUGGAAAAUAAUAAUAUUACAAUCAUGCCAUGCCUCUCUCAGUUGUCAAUUGAGAGUUGCCAUCACCUGAAAGCACUGCCGGACUUCCUGUGGAAGACACCACUACAGAAAUUGCACAUCGACAGAUCUCCAAUUCUCCAAGACCUUUACAGACAAGGAACUGGUGAGGAGUGGGCCAAGAUUUCUCACAUCCCAAAAAUUUCGGUAUUCCCAAUGGCAAAGACAUAA